AUGGACACAAGCUUCGACACAGAUUUGGUAGGCACUGGCACGGUUGCACUCGCUUUUCAAAACUGCUUUCGCACUGGCGUCUACCUAUUGAGGGGCUUCUGCACUGGCGUCGAUGCUUUACACUCGCUUCGACACAGAUUUAGAGCACUAGCAUGGCAACUCGGUUCCGCAUUGGCUUGCAAUUUCGCUUUCAACACUGCUUUCGGCACUGGCGUCUACCACUUGAGGGCUUCUGCACUGGCGUCGAUAUCGUGCUGUAUUCCCUUCGACACUGACACUCGCUUCGACACAGGUUUAGGCUUUGGCAUGACUCUGGCUCGCACUGGCUCGCACUGGCUUUCAAUACUGCUUUCGGUACUGGCAUUCGCAAACGGAUGGGUAAUUAAUGAAGCAAAAAAGAGAUGGAUAAAAAAAAAAAAAGACUACGCCCUCAAUUUUUUAAAAAAAUCCGUGGCUGCUGUACUGCGCAGCUGGUCGGAGGCCAAAAUAUUGUAG